AUGCUGCCGAACCAGAACAUUCUGCCGAACCAGAGCAUGGUAGGGGGGGGCAUGCUGCCACAGCAAGCCGUCCUGGUUAACCAAGCCAUGCUGCAAAGCCGAGGAAUGGUGGGGCAGCAUGGCAUGAUGGCACAGCCGGGCAUGGUGGGGCAACAAGCCAUGAUGGCACAGCCGGGCAUGGUGGGGCAACAAGCCAUGAUGGCACAGAACGGCAUGGUGAUGCUGCCACAGGGAAUGCUACCGAGUCAGGCAAUGGUGCUGACUCAAGGCAUGGGGGUGCAAAACCAAGUCUUGCUGCCAGAGAUGCUCACCCCCUACCCCGCUUCACUCGCUGCUGCUGCUACUGCUGCUGCUGCUGCUGACGAUCCUGGUACCACCAGCCCUGCCACUCACGUUGUCCCCGGCUCCCUCCCCUCCUGGUGGAGGGAAAGCCUCCCAACUGUGCCACCCACCGUGCACUCUCACAGCGCUGCACGAGGCAAGGUGGGCGGACGGGCUGCCGCUGGUGGUGCUGCAGGCGUGGCGGCAGCACUUGGUGGCGUGACGGAGGGGCCAGGAGGUGCAGUUAAAUCGCACGCGCCUACAGAGCAUGCAGGCAUGCAGAGGGCAGCACCGGCUGCUGUGGAAGCCAGUCCGAAGUGUGGCGGGUUGAAUAAGACGGAGAAAAGAGUGGAUGAGCAGGAUGAGAAGGAUCACACACCAGCAGUGGCAGGUGGAUAUGUGACUCCGGAGGCCACAGCAGGGACGGGGGGGCAGGGGAGCAUCAAGAAGGAUCGAGAUGAGGACAUGUGCACAGUGGUAGGGCAUGCAGGAGACGAGGGGCAGGAAGGGGGUGAUGCUAUGAGGGCAGCUGAGGCAGCGUGGCAGGGAGGGGAUGAGACGAUGAUGCAGAGCGCAUGGUGGAAUGCAGCGGAAGCAGCAGCAGCAGCAGCGGCAGCGGCAGAAGCGGAGGAUGCAUGGAUGCCGUUUGACUUCUGCCCCGACCCCUCCACUCCCACAGACUUUAAUGGUUGA